ACUUUUACAAUCCAAGCAACGACUAGCUACCAAUCCAGCCAAAGGGGUAUUAGAUGGUGGCCUAUUAAUCCAAUUUCCGAACCUGGCCUUACAUAGGCAACGAGAGAUGACCAAACAAAUAGGAACAACGAUAGACAGGAUCAUGGAUGAUUUGUUGGCAGUUCAAGAAUCUUACGAUUACUUCUAA